ACGAAGCACAAGUUUCGGCUAGUGCAGCUAAAAAGUUGCCCAAUUGCAAUCAUUUAAAGCCCCAAAGGAGCAAACGUGAAUAUAUAGACAGAAUGUCUCUGAUGGAUCAUGGAGGAGCCCACAUCAGACCGGUGACUGCAUUGGCCUGGACCUCAAACAGCAGCACUUGCCCCAAAGGCUUCACCCUGAUCAACAUCACAGAGGACGGGGCAGCAGCUAACUUCACUCGCAGCUUUGGGAUGAAGUCUGGUUAUUAUCUCUGUUACAGCAAGGAGUUGUCUGGAGGUAUGGUAGUGUCUGAUAUUCAGAUCAUCUCAGACAAGGAGACUCUUCCUCAUGGGUAUUGCAAUAUAGCAGAGCACCUUGAACCUAAGGCCUCUGUGUGGAAGAAGAAGCGUGUAUGUGUUCGUAUUGCCCCAGUCGGCAGUGUGGACACAGCUGUGUUGGAUAUCAAACUGACAGCCAAAAGCAAAAUGAUGUUACAGCACUACACAUGUGUGGGGGAUAUUCACGGCUAUGUGAUGUGGAGUAGAAAAGGCCUGUUUACAGGUCCUAUGCCACAAGCCAAGCCCCGCAGUGUCAGUCUCGACCUCUGUAAACUUUCCCUGGAGCAGCCAGCCCCUCCUUUGCCCCUACGGCCCAGCAACCCUCCACUACUGGCCCCUGGUAAGUUAAGUCAAAGGCGAGGCACCCUCCAACCCAAGGAUAACUUGGACAAAGCUGCUGAUAACAGUAGUAUCUAUGGGAUAACAGCAAUAGAUGGAGUUCCCUUUACCCUUCACCCAAAGUUUGAGGUCCAGAUGAAUGGCACGAAUCCUCAGCUGAACAGUCAACUGUCCAACAUUCGCAUAAAAUCCCUCCAUGACAUCGAAAAUGAGUAUGGCUACACUUUUGCUGUAGAAGAGUCUGCCGCAAAGAGAACCAGGCCAUCGGUCCCAACAGGAGAUGCGUCGUAGGCUUGGUGAAUUUAGCACUUUGACUUUUUGCCAUAGCAACAUCAUCCAGCUUCUGAUGUGAUGCUGUCUAAGGGGGCGGGGUGGAUCUGGAGCCUCAACAUGUCACAAUAGAUGGAUAGAAAUGUCUGCAUUUAGGUAUAUUAUUUUGAGAUACUCUGGAGUUAGGAUGGAAAGAGGAUUUAUAUCAGUGCCCCUUGGAAGUUAAUCUUUUGACACCACAUUUCUUGCUGAGAUGGCAAUCUUCCGUCAAAGCCUUUUACGUGCCUUAGCUGUUAAAAAAAAAAAAGAAAAAUCAUCCAACUUUAAAUGACUUUUUUUCGUCCCAGGA